AUGCCCCAUCUCGAGAUCCCAGGCGGAUCGCUCUACUACGAGACCGUCGGACUCGGCCCUCUUCUGCUCUGCAUCGCAGGCGCGAACGCCUCGCACUUGAAGGACAGUUUCACGGUCGUCAUGUACGACCGCAGAGGCUACUCGCGCAGCACGGGGAAGCUCUCCUCACAAGACUACGGCCACAGACUCGAGACCCACGCCGACGACGCCGCCGCGCUGCUCGCACACCUGUCCCCGUCCCCGGACUGCGACCGGAUCGACGGCGAGUUACAACACGUAGUCGGCACUUUCCGCACCAAGGGCAUACCCCCGGCGGUGCAAGAAUUCGCCGCUUUCAUCCAGGCCGGCUACGAGACGGAGGCCUUGGUCCACACGCUGGCUGGCCCGGACGCGGCUGCAAACACGACGUAG